UUGGUUGGUUUACCUACCAGUAUACAGAGGCUGACCAAGCUUGAAAGGCUGAACUUGAGUGGAAAUAAACUAACUGAACUACCCACUGAGAUUGGUGACCUCAGGGAACUGAGGUGGCUGUGGGUGAAUAACAACCAGUUGGUUGGUUUACCUACCAGUAUACAGAGGCUGACCAAGCUUGAAAGGCUGAACUUGAGUGGAAAUAAACUAACUGAACUACCUGCUGAGAUUGGUGACCUCAGGGAGCUGAGGGGGCUGUGGGUGAAUAACAACCAGUUGGUUGGUUUACCUACCAGUAUACAGAGGCUGACCAAGCUUGAAAGGCUGAACUUGAGUGGAAAUAAACUAACUGAACUACCUGCUGAGAUUGGUGACCUCAGGGAGCUGAGGGAGCUGUGGGUGAGUUACAACCAGUUGGUUGGUUUACCUACCAGUAUACAGAGGCUGACCAAGCUUGAAAGGCUGAACUUGAGUGGAAAUAAACUAACUGAACUACCUGCUGAGAUUGGUGACCUCAGGGAGCUGAGGAGGCUGUGGGUGAAUAACAACCAGUUGGUUGGUUUACCUACCAGUAUACAGAGGCUGACCAAGCUUGAAGUGCUGAACUUGAGUGGAAAUAAACUAACUGAACUACCUGCUGAGAUUGGUGACCUCAGGGAGCUGAGGGAGCUGUGGGUGAGUUACAACCAGUUGGUUGGUUUACCUACCAGUAUACAGAGGCUGACCAAGCUUGAAAGGCUGUACUUGAGUGGAAAUAAACUAACUGAACUACCUGCUGAGAUUGGUGACCUCAGGGAGCUGAGUUGGCUGUGGAUGAGCAACAACCAGUUGGUUGGUUUACCUACCAGUAUACAGAGGCUGACCAAGCUUCAAAGUCUGCACUUGAGUAACAAUAAACUAACUGAACUACCUGCUGAGAUUGGUGACCUCAGGGAGCUGAGGCAGCUGAGUGUGAGUCAUAAUCCUUUAACUGUUGACGCAAUAAGACGUGCAUUGAAGUUAAGAAAGAAAGGAGUACUUGUAGAUGGUGUUGCAGGUAAGCACGGCGGAUAUUGUAGCUAUUUGGAAGUUCGAAAAAAACCGAGAUAAAAUUCCACUAUUUGCCUGGGAAAGGGAAGUCAUUUUUUUUUCAGUUAUCGGGGGUUUCGCGAAUUUAGGGGUUUGAUAAAUCAUUAAGAUAUGCUACAAACUGUACUUUCAAAAUCAAUGGUAAAUUUCUUGUACGUAUUAAUUCAUUUUAAUUAAUUCGUCUGUUUUAAAGUUUCAAAUCAGCUGUGAAAAAUAGCUAUUAUCCAGGGUGCACCAAACAUUGUAAGCUAUUGUAUUCCAUCACACCCUUACUAAAUGACUCACCGGUUGCGCUUGGAAGUAGUGGGCGAAAGAGAGAACGGGCUCGCGUGUCUCCUUCUCGCGCGCCCGUUUUUUCUUGUGCCCACUACUUCCAAGCGCCUGCUAUGCAGGUUACACCGUUAGUGUUUUCACGAACUUUCAGAGGGAGAGAAGCGAUGACCGGAAAUGCGUCUGCUGUUCGCAGACUAAAGAAAUACGAGCUGACCCCUAAAAACGCCUGCGGGGGUUACCUGCGAACAGCAGACGUCCUUCCGGUCGUCGCUUCUUUAUUAGGGAACUUAAGAUGGAGACGUUUUCGGGGCGACGGCGACCGGACUGGCAGAGAAAGCCUGGAACUAAGGCAGCCGUCGCUCCCCGUCAAAAAUAGAACUUUAAGAUCGCAGUGAACUCAGAAGGACGGCGCCUUUAAUUAGAAGAAUACCGAAGAGGAAAAUAUGGCUUCACAUAAAGAAUUAAGAGAAUAAAUAUUUGCUAUGCAGACAACAUGUAUCGCAUGAAGAGUUUCUCGUUUUGUGGAAAAAUUAUGAGUCCAAAAAUCCCGAUUUUCCUCGGGACAGUUACGAUCCGUUCACGCUAAAAAACAUGCGGGAUGCAGCUGAGUUCAAGGCAGAAUUUCGUGUUGAAAAAAAAUGAUCUCCACAGGCUUGCCGAAGCCUUGCAAAUUACAGGAACAUUAAAAUGCUACCAAGGAACCGUAUUCUUAGUUUGGCAUUGAAAUAAUUCCCGGGAAAUACUUGCAUGCAACAACAACAACAACGGCAACAACUUUAUUUCAGUAUUCCCACGCCGAGUUAGUACAUGGUAUUACCUACUAUUCUAUAUAAUUUUCAAUGCGUUUCAUUUAUACGAUGUUCUAACGAAAAGAGCGAACUAAAAACACACAAUUGAAAUAUCGGAGUUCAUAUUUUUGUCUGGAUACCUUUAUUUGGCUCGUGGGAAAAUUUUUGUCCCAUGUCAAGCUCACUUACGGUUGGCUGUUUGCCAAGUUGGAUCUUGACCCUGUGAAAUGAAAACAUAGAAACAUUCAAAGAUGUAAGUUUAGCGAACAUAGCUUGGAAAUCGAGCUUGAAAUGUGCCUCAAAGAAAACAAGGACAAUUUACGAACGAUAAUCUGCAAAAUGUUGGUUGCUAAACGCAACAAACCUGAUUGAAAUGACAGUUAAAUACUCACGUUUUCGCCACAACGCCAAACAGACCAGUUUCACGUCGCCGACGGGACCAGGACGGCAAGGUGGUGAGCACGAGCAUGCGCAAUAUCCAACAAAUGAUGAUGUCACGUCCGGUUGAAGUUGCCGUCGCCCCGAAAAUGUCUCUAUCUUAAGUUCCCUAUUUUUCGGAGGGACAGAAGCGACGACCGGAAAUACGUCUGCUGUUCGCAGGCUAGUAUUUCUUCGGAGAGGGAAGAAAUACGAGCUCCCCUAGAAACGCCUGCGGGGGAGGCUAUGUUUUCACUGUGGUCGAUUUGCUGCUGAGGGGAACACUUUUUCUGGGUGAUUGUUGACAUACCGACGAUUACUAGCUGUUUUCACUUUUAAAUUUAGCUCGGAAGAACUCAGAGGAUUCAAAUUUAAAAAGCGCGCCACGUUAAAAAAUAUUAAGAGACGAAGCGCUUUGAAUGUGUUUUCGUUUAAUGCUUCUCGCUAUUUUAUGAAUGCAGUUGAAUAGUGUCUCUAAAGAGUCAGAGGAUAGGAAGUAAUGUUGUAAUCCUGUUUCAAAAUGUAGCAGCAAAACAGCAGUAAUUGCCGUAAGUAGCGUGGGUUUAACCCACCGUGCCAAAUCGAUGAAACUCUUUAGUCGAAAUAAUGGCUUCUAUUCGAUUUUAAACGAUAUUAAUUAAGCGAUUGAUAUCGGUAAUCGAUAAAUAUCGAAGAUCGAAAAAAUUGUGAGUAUCAAUUUUUACAAAUGUCAUCAAUUUUCAUCCAUUUUAUCGAUUGUCAAUUGUAAUCCUUUAAUAAUGAUUUCAGAUACGUUUGCGCUACCACUGGCUACUAAUUAGUAAUUAAAAGUCUUACCUAUUAAUUGUCGAUUUAUUCAUCGAGGACAAAAGAUUCACCCGUCCUUAUUGUAAAUGGGCUCUGGUGGUAGCCCUUCACUACAGCCUCUAGUAAUAUAAAAUGUUCAUUUCGCCGGUCAUUUGGCAGGCAUCUGUCACAACGCGCAACGCCUUUCUGAUUUAUCAGGACAAGUUGCAUCAUCUCGCGUGGUUGUCUAACUUUUCGUAAUUUUUCGGUCAUAAAGCCGAAAAAACAGUGAGCAUGUUUAACUCGCUAACACAAGGCGAGGUGUUUUAACUGUAUUUCUGGACUUUUCUGGUUUUAUCUAGCUAAAAUUAACUCAGUGAAAACACAACCGCAGAGUGUUAAAGCCAUUUUUCACUUAAUGGAUGAAGUAAUAUUGUCAUGUUAUAAUUAUGGAAGAUUGGCCGCUGAACACAAUAUGUGCACGAAAAAUUGGAUUUACACCAAAUUAAUUUUAUUCAGUGCAAAUUUAGUGCAAAAAAGUGCAAACUAAGGUUAAAUAAAGGGCAAAGAUGGUAAAUACCGCAUUUGCCCUAAAAUUUACACCCCCACGUAAACUGGCAAGCAGAUGCGGUAUUUACCAUCUUUGCUUUUAAUUUCCCCCUAGUUUGCACUUUUUUGCACCAUAUUUACACCGAGUAAAGUUGUGUGAAUCCAAUUUUCGUGCAGUGUCGGUAAUCGAUAAAUGUCGAAGAUCGAAAGAGUUGUGAGUAUCAAUUGUUAUCAAUUUUCAUCCGUUUUAUCGAUCGUCAAUUGCAAUCCUUUAAUAAUGAUUUCAGAUGCGUUUGCGCUACUACUGGCUACGAAUUAGUAAUUAAAAGUCUUACCUAUUAAUUGUCGAUUUAUUCAUCGAGGACAAAAGAUUCACCCGUCCUUAUUGUAAAUGGGCACUGGUGGUAGCCCUUCACUACAACCUCUAGUAAAAUGUUCAUUUCGCCGGUCGUUUGGCAGGCGUCUGUCACAACGCGUAACUCGAUUGGCUGCGGUAUUUAUCAGGACAAGUUAUACCAUCUUUUGCGUAAUUUUUAGGUCAUAAAGCUUAAAAAACAGUGAGCAUGUUUAACUCGCCUAACACAAGACGAGGUGUUUUAACUGUAUUUCUGGACUUUUUUGGCUUUGUCUAGCUAAAAUUAUCUCAGUGAAAACACAACCGCAGAGUGUUAAAGCCAUUUUUCACUUAAUGGAUGAUGUAAUAUUAUCAUGUUAUAAUUAUGGAAGUUUGGUCGCUGAACACAAUUUGUAUUAAAUAGAAAAAAUUAUUGUUACAGAACAAUAAACAGACCGUUAAGGAUGAAGAGUUUUGAGCUGUUCGGUAAGCUCGCUGUUCAAGUUUCAAAUUAGGAAAGAUGCCUUGGUUUGCUGUGUUUAAGCCUGAGAAAGCACUUCUCGUGAUCUAAACUAUAACUGGUCUGAAAUUUGUUAUACCAUUUAACAAAGUUAAAAGUCACACUUAGCUUCACUUAGGUUUGUUUUGCAAGUUGGUUUUUGUUGUUUUCCCUGUCAGCAUGCACGGCAAUAGUGUAAGUGAAUUGCCUAACCCCCCCCCCCCCCACAUGGACGGCCAGGUGUCUUCCCAACCUGCCCAGCACGUAGCCUCCAGGAUCACUGAGGCAGCCAAACCGUUGCGCCACUUCAAAAGCAUAACGCUUAGAGAGGAGGAAACAAACUACUGAAUAAUUUAAACAAAAGACAAUGCCAUUAAAUUCUUUAGCGUAAUGACUCGAUUUAGCGCCCGAAGCGCUUAUAUAGUUAUGGUUUCUCAAAUGAGGGCGCUUAUUCGAAAAAGGGCGUCUAUUUCUUUUAUGUUGCGAAGCAAAACUCUUGAACCAUAAAACAGGGGCAGGGCACCUUAUGAGCAAGAAUUAGCAAACGUGUACGAUCAUGGCUUAUCCUGACAAUCCCUUGUUUUGGAGUUCGAAGCUUGUUUAUGAAGGCCAAUUUUCGUCUGCUAUACGAGGUCAUCUUGUCUACAAAGCGACAUGUUCUCCAACUAAGGACUCAAAUUCCAAGCUAUCAGUGACAUUCAACGCUUUACCUUUCCAAUUCCUUCAAAUCAUAGUAACACCACCACCGAUCAGCGAGCCAGCUCGAUCUUUGCUCACCAUGACAUAGCCCUCUGGGCAAUUCAGAUGUGACAGGAUUGUCAUACUCAACCAUGUCUCCCACAAAACAGUCCUCGAAUAAUAGCCGUCCCUCCAUAAAUCGCCUCCCUCGAAUAAUCGCCCACCCCCACCCUCUCGCCAUCUUCUCUCUUUUUAUCCCCUCCCUUUCAAGUUGCAGUGGAGCCUUAUCAAGCAAAACUAAUUCAAGCUCGGACGCCGAGGAUAUUGACAUUGAAAAUUAAUCAAAUAACCAAAUCUGGAACACUUAAAAAGCCCAGUUUAUUUGAUGUUAUCAAUUUUCGGUUUGAAUGGAAUAAUAAAACAAAAUAUUUUGGGCACGACCUCCAGUGAGCAAUAUUUUAAAUAAUCAGCCCCUCAAAUAAUCGACUCCUUUUUGUGGAAGGAAAAUAGUCAUCGCUCCCGGCUAUUAUUCGAGGAAAUACAGUAUCAAUGUUAUUGUUACUAAGCUCAGCCUAAAGAGUGGGAGCUGCAUCAGGUUUUGCCAGGCACCGGGCAUUCAAACCUAUACACUUUGGCACUAUCUUUGGUGCUGUAGGCCCUUUGUUGAUUUUAACAAUCGAGAGCGUUCGCGACCGUUCACUCAGGUUGCGUGAAUUAGGGUCAACCUUGUCACGAUAGGAUGGAACAAUAGUCGGCGAUUGAAUAGCGGCGCUUAUUGGUAUUGGGGCGCUUGGAAUGCCAAGGUGUGGGGUACUUCCUAGUAGUAGGCUAAUGGGCAUGUGCUGCUGGAUUGGGUCGCAUUUUCACGACUGGAUUGACUAUUAUGGGAUUAUAUUUUUAUAAGAGUUACUGGAACGGGGUCGCACAUUUGCAGGAUUUUGGGGUUCACUAACUUGGGAUUUCGAAAAUUACUUUUUUCCAAAAGUGACUAAGAUGGGGUCUAUAAUAUCGCCACAGUAUGGACUAUAAUGGGGUCGGGGUUUUGAGAGGCCAGCGGCACAUACCCAACCAAAAUUAACCCCAGUAACCCCUCCGGGUUGGAACGAGGGUGCUUAUGCAAUAAGGGUGCUUAUUAGAGAGUGGGCGCUUAUUAGAACGAAGUUAGUUUGUUGAUGUUCAGAAUAAUUGUUUCUUUUAGAGGUACAGGCAUUUCACAUGAAUGCAAACAACAGUUAUAAUUCUGGUGACGCAAAUUUUUACGCGCCAUUCAUGGUGUUUUGAAUAUGCAUGGAGACUUGAAGUAAGCGCAGUAAAAAAAAAAGGUUAAAAUAGCAGGUGGACUGUUUAAUAGUAUAACCAACAUUUAAUUUUAUCUGCCACAUUUGAAAUUCAGUAAAAUUAUUUUUACCAUAGAUUUGUUUUAAUAACUUAAAGAGACCGUAGUGAAAGAUCACAAGAAGGACAAUAAACACUGAUGUAGCCCCCCAUGACCCUCCUAGGUCAGUCAAGUGAACUAGAAGUCAAUGAACUAUGCAACCUCUAAGACAUUACGUACCUUUAAUAAGCAUCCGUUUUUUUUUUUCACUAGUUCCUUUAGAAAUAGGAGCACGCGGAGAAAAAGCACAGCUCGCUUAUCAAAGCGCUCUUAAAUAUGGAGCUGUUAAUGUUUACCGUGGUCGAGUAUUGCUUAUUGGGCAGGAUCGGGCGGGAAAAACAAGUUUAAAGAAGUCUCUCAUUGGUCUACCGUUUAAUCGAAAAGAAAAAAGUACUGAUGGAAUUGAAGUGGAUCCCUCAAAAUUUCAGUUGGACGUUGGUGAAGUCAGGAAUUGGCAACCUAUUGAUGAGAGAAAGCAAGGAUUGUUGGGAUGUUCGAAAGAUGUGGCACAGUUGGUGGCGGAAAGGAUGUAUACUCAUAGUCCAGUUUACCGUGACUGGGUCUUGGAGGAGUUAAGAGGUGAAGCAAUACUUCAAAGUGAUGAUAACAAGAAUAGGAAACAGGUUGAUACUGAUGGAGAAAAGGAGGAAGUUUCUCUUGUGAACCAGGUUUGUCUUUGUUGGUUUUGAAUAGUGAUGUUUUUUCGUGAAUCCAUCGUUUACUUACUGCAAGACCGUCCUAACAGUAGUUAUUAUAAAUUGAUUAUCCCCUUCUUCAUAAGUUAGGUUAUAGUGACUUCCCUCCUUUUGCCACAGUACCCGUAUGGAAAAUACGUAACAACUGCCAGAUCGCUUUCUAGCUCGUUUUCCGAUGGUGGUUAAAAAUUUUAACCAGCGUUUUUACACUUGUAAGUUUAGUUCCGAGUGUAGAAUGAUACUACUAUCAACCAUUUAGUUAUAUUUCCAUGAUAGUACCUAUCUACACGUAAGCUUAGCCUUUGGGUCGAUCAGUAGUACGUGUGCAAACCAAAGUGAGUUUAGCCAUAUCUUUAUUUAUGCUUUUAAGUGUUAAUUAGGCCUUGAGCAUAGCUUUCCCUUAUUUUGUUCAGUUGUCAAGUUGUAUCACAAUUUCGUUGUGUUGUUUUCUUUUUUAUGCGAGGAGCAAAGCCAAGGGGCUGGGGGGACUCAAUCAAACACCAUAUUUCUCUGCAUUCGUAAACUCACUGUUCCUUAAAAAAUGCAAGAGCAUAUUAAUGUUGUGGAUACCUCAUGCUUCCAAUAUUCGUGCCUCAAAGUUUGAGCUUAUUAAGAAUUUUGUGUCAUCAAAAACAACUUUAAAUGGCUGAAUAAUCGAAUCGGAGGGUGAAGAGGAAUAGUUAAGUGUUCAUUUUUCCAUUAUUCCAGCUCGAACAUUUUUCAUAUUCCAUUCUUUCAGUAAAAAAGAACAACUUAUUCCGUUGAAAACAUCUGCUUAUUCCAUUAUUCCUCGCCACAAAAUGGCAUUAUUCCAUUCUUACAACAACAAAAAUUCCGUUAUUCUUACUCCAUUAUUCCUCUUCACCCCCAAAAGUCGAACCACCCAUGUUAAGUCUUUCAUAAUCAGAAUCAACAGCUAUUUUCUGUUUCUUUUUUUCAUACUCUGCUUCAGGUUGGUGAUCCAAACGAAGACAGUGUUAAUGAACCCACAUUAACAGGGCCUGAUCAUGAGUUAGUGGUUGAUACUACUUCACCUCCAGAGGAGAUCAAGGAACGAGCAGUUCAGUUGAUAAAGGAAAUACAAGAUGAAGAUUUUACGGCUGAAGAAUCUGUUGUCAGUAUUGAACUGUGGGAUUUUGCUGGACAACACCUGUAUUAUGCAUCUCAUCCUGUAUUUUUAUCAUCACGUGCGCUGUACAUCUUGGUGUGCAACCUCAGCAAGUCACUGCAUGACACAGCCAAGCCCUGUGUGAGACAAGGAUCUCGUAAUGUUGAGUUGGAAAACCCAAAUGGAGAAACAAAUCUUGAGACCUUGUUGUCUUGGCUGUCCACAGUGCACAGCGUCGCGCAAAUGAGAAGAAAAACCUGUGAUGAUGUAGAAAAAGAGGUGUCUCAUUUGCGCCCCCCAGUGAUCAUUGUAGGAACUCAUGCAGACAAACCAUUUGAAGACAUUGCAACAAUGAAAACAGAAAUCCAGAACGCAAUUGCUGGUAAGGACUAUGAAGGACAUGUGGUGCGGCCUAUCUUCAGCAUUGACAACACUGCAAAAUUAACUCGAAGAAAGAUCAAGACAAUGGUUUUCGGGAAAGACGAAAACAUUGAGGAGAUCGAAGCUCUACAAGUAAAAAUCAUGGAAGUGCUAAGACAGGAGCCUUACAUUGGGGAGAGGAGACCUGUGAGGUAAAUAAUGGUUAUACCAGAAUGUUCAGAAUCCAUUAAAGUAAAUAUUAAAUAAUUUCCAUGUCAAAAGUUGGGCCGUGAACGCACUGAGAUUACGUUUUACGUGUAUGGCGUUUGUUUCCGCCAGUCCUUGUAAAAUUUUUUCUUUGAUAUGUAAAUGUGUUUCAGCUGUCAUAAGUAACUCAUUGACUGUGACGUUACAUAAAAGCGUGGCCGCAAAACAUCAAAAGGCUGGUUCGUUGUAUAGUCCUUAACUUUGGAUAAAAAAAUUAUGGCGAGAACAGAAAAUAUUCAUUGAUUCCUGUAUGAGCCACCUGGCGGUCAUAAGAAAUGAAUAUCUCGUUGAUUGAAACAAGUUAACCAUGAAAAGCAGUUUUGACUGGCCUUAAAGAAUAUUCUACCCUGAAGGGUUUGAUAAUGUUAUUACGAAUUGACCAAAAAGCACUGUGUACAUUUCAAUUGUCGAUUUAAAAAGGUAAAGUAAAGUGGAUCACACACAGAUAGUUCUCCAGUGGAUACAGUUAUCCACCUUUCUCACAACUGGGUCCUGUACUUUAAUUAGUCAAUACAGGUAUACUGUGUAGUGAUUGACAUGGAUGUUUAAACGAGCUCCAUCAGUUUUCUCUUUGGUUUUGUAAACUAGGUGGCUGAACUUUGAGAAAGUCAUCGACGCUUUGCUUUCCAAGCCAGUUUAUUACCUGAGUAUAAAGCUACGGACCCAUGCCAAGGAGAAGUGCUUCAUCCAUGAUGAGAAAGAGUUUACCACCAUGGUGAAUUUCUAUCAUGACCUGGGGAUAAUUAUCAAGCACCGUAGCACAGUCAUCUUGAAUACCCAGUGGCUGAUAAACUUGUUCGGACAGCUGAUCACUCUUCCAGAUUUUACGAAAAUGGUAAGAAAUGGAUUUUAAACGUGUUUUAAAACUUGCAAGGUUUAUUAUAGUCCGGCUUCCAACCGUGCUGUAGCUAAUAAAAAUAAUUAUAUCAAGUGCAUUGCCCGCUGUCUUUUUGAAAAUGUUAACUGUUCCUCAAAUAUUUGUAAACAGCAAAAUCGUAGUGGAUUGGGCUGCUAUUUAAUAUUUUCCCAGUGUAAACAAGUUAGGGUAGGCGAUGUAAUUCUGAAAUGAAAUCUUAUAGCAAACCUAUAACAACUGAAUUAGUACUAACGCCUGGUCAGCAGUCGUCCCUGUAAUCAACCCGCUAUAGUGACGUCACUAAGAGUAAACAUUACAACGAAACAUUUUCACUGCACUUUUUUAUUUGAACGUUGUAAUAUCCCAAGAGGAUUCUUGUUUCAAUUUCGAUGUACAUCAGGUAACGUCACGAGGUACCCGAUAACAGUAAGACAACAAUUUUCCCCUUUUCUAGGGUCAAUGAAAUUGGACAACCAAACAGACUGAAAAUAUAUAUUGUAUAUAGAGAGGAAGCCCGAAUUUUCCCCACCCAAACUGAUGCACGCGAGGAGCGAAUUGCGAAAAAUUUAUAACACUGCUCAACCUACACAAAAAAAAACGAAGAAGUUUAGCUUUUACCAAGUAUUAUUGUCUCCUACGCUGACCUCCUUUUGGCUCGUUACGCAACCCUCUGCAACUAGAUUACAAGUAGUCUCUUCCUCAGGAAUAGUGGAGCGAGCGAAUUACGCGAGCGCGCGUGAAAUUUGUCAACCCUCGAGGAAGGUGACAAACGCUCCUGUAUUCUAUUCGUAGUCUAUCCUCAGUAGUAUAUUAGGCGUAGAAUCAGCCUUUUUUGCGGUGGAAUCUUCGCUGGAAUACAUAAACGCCGAUGACGUCAUAACCUUUUGUCUUUAUCUCAUGAAUAAAAUGCGGUUGAAUCUCUUUAAAGGGUUAAAAAUAGCACACGACCUUAUCUUACGGCCAGUUUACGUCGAGGUGGAGGACUCUAGGUAGGUGAGGUAACACAGGCCUUAAGAUAAGGCCAUGAGCUAUUUUUAACCCUUUGGACAGGGUUUCCAGUUGUUUCUUGGUAGAAGAAGGUCUUGCUUUUUGAUUGGUUGACGACUACAUGUAAGAACUAGGAAAAGUAUUCAUUGGUUGAUUCAGGUUGUCGAAGGAAUAAGCGCUAACUCGCCUGUGACGUAGUUAUGCAAGUUACAUUUCAUACCGCUUUCAUUGUUCAAUAAGUUGUUCAGGUUUACUAUGCGCUCAAAUCGUUAAGUACGAAGCCACACUAGCCAUUUGUAUCACGAAAACAUUUUCCACUUUCCCACAUCCCUUUUCCUUUUCCACAUUUCAUUGUUUCACAUUGUUUCCUUCCACCACAACAACCACGUUUCUAUUGUUUUCUCUAAGCGGGAGGUUAUGGUGAACGUUGUAAAAGAAAACUUAACUUCGUAAAUCUUCUAACGUGAUAGGAAAGAAUUGUGUGACGAACCAAACGGAAGGCUGCUUAGAGGGCUAUCCUCUUUACUUUUAUUCACACAGUAGUACUUGCUAGGCAGACUACGUAACUUUUUCUUUAUAUGCGUCCCCACACAAAAAAGGAAAACUCUAGAUCUUUUUCAUUGUUUGUUAAUUAAAAUAUUAAAUAAAAUAACCAACAUUUUACAAGUGCAUUAAUUAACUGGCUCAAAAUUCUCCCAAACUAUCACUUUUUAAAGAAAACUUUGUUAUUGUCCUUCACCUUAUUCCGUCUUAGGUUCCUAAGGUUGCCAAGUACUGGAAGGAAGUCAAAGAAAGCGGUGUUCUCUCAAUGGAACUGGUUGAUCUUGUGUUUUCCAACUUUCUCCUGAAGGGUGUUGCCAGGAAAGACAUUCUUGAUUUGAUGGAACAAUUUGGAUUGAUUGCAAAAUUUUCAUCUUCAAAGAUAGGUGAAAAGUAUUUUGUUCCAUGUCAACUCAAUGUGUCACCUGAUUCUCUUUGUUCCAUGGUGCCCUCAAGGCUGGACCCUUGUCCCCUGUUUGUUUACUUUUUCAGCGGUUCUGUUCCCCAUGGUCUGUUCACGCGGCUUCUUUCUCGAUCUGUCCAUUGGUGUUCAGAGGCUGGUCCAACUCAAUCCCCUACCCUGUACCAAAAUGGAGCGUGGUUUGUUAUUGGGAAGCAAACUUUUCAUGAUUUUGUUCUUAUUUGUAAGAAGCAAUUUAUUAAGUUUUUUAUCAAGCAAAGAAACCACCCUCAGCAGAUCUCUGUGGAAAGCACAAGUGAGGUGGCGGUGCAGGUUCGUGAGUUUGUGGAGGCAACAUUGCAAGCUUUGUCACGUGAUCUCUAUAAAGGUGGAUUGCAGUAUCAUAUUCGGGUCGCCUGUCCGUAUUGUCAGCGGGAAAAGUGUCCAAACCAUAAUCAGAUUGCAUGUUCUCAUGAAGAUUGUCUUCACCUCCUUGAGUUAAAACAAGGUAAUCCUCUGAUUUGCAAAAAGAAACCUGCAGAGGAGAUACUCACAGUUACAGGGCAGCAAAAGUGGUUCUCACAAAUAGAACGUAAGGUAGGUAGCAGUAAAAUUCGAUCUCUAGCAGUGCUCUUAGCAUAUUACAUAUAGCAAGCGAAUACACAUACUACUAAUAAAAACUUAUGUCCUUAAAAGGUAGCCAUUGAUUUAAACUAAAAAGGCUUCAACAAAGUCUAUGCAUGUACUUUGUUAGGUUGUAGUAUGAUAUACAACGUAUGCCUUCAUUUAUCCUACCGCAAGCUUCUCUGCAGUGUAAUAGAAGGCUUUGUUGCUGUCAACUUAACCAACAUUGGUUCUUAAUAUCAUGUAAGUUGAUAAGGUCAAUUGGCUACCAUGUAUUACUAAUUGUUAUUGGCCUAUAGGCAUUAACCAGUAGUAUCUAACUUUUUCCCGAGUCUUUUUUAACGUGCUGUUUGCUUUGUGGUUGAGCAAUAAGUUUAUAGCAUCCAACGUGUUAACAUGUUUUGCAAACUUUCAUUCAAAAAGGUAGAAACCCCCAGAUGAAAAAUUUACAUUUUAUAAUAUGCAAUUUUGGUUGCUAUGCAGGAAGCGUGUACUUUAUCAUCAUCACCUGAUUCUGAACAAGCU